UGGCAGGAGGCGAGCAGCAGUUGGCGUGAGCCGCAGUCUGUCAGGCCAACGGCCGCCAAAGCAGACAUGAAGAAAUACAAAAAAGAGCCUGGGAAAAUCUAUGUCCGGGAAGAUGAUUGUAGCAUUCUUACUGUCGAUUUAACCAAUGAUGAGGACCAUGAGCCCAUUGUGGCCAAAGCAGAAGCACUGAAGAGAAGGGUCAAGUAUGUGUUGAUUGAUUCAGAUUCUGAGGAUGGAUAUGUCUGCAAGAAAAAGAAAGCUAAGGUGGCUAAGAUGAACAUCAAAGAUAAUGUUGUGAAUAAGAUAACUGAAAAUGGCAAGCAGCCUGUCAUCCUGGAGCCUCCAAUACUUAUUAGUGAUGAUGAGGAUGACAACAUUAAUUUGGAAGGUCCUAUACUGAUUGAAGAGGAUUCCUGUGAUGAGGGCCAAAAUUUCACUAAGGGAAAAGCGCCGAAAGCACCGAAUAUGUUAGCUGUCUCCCAGCCAACUUGCGAUGUUGCUGAGCAGGGUCUUGGCAAAAGUCCCAGCCCAAAACCAAACGAUCGUGAGGCUAACUCGGAGAUAACAGGUAAAAACCUGCCAACUAACGAAGAGCCUGCACCUGUGGUGGAACAACCGAGGAAGAGGAAGCAGAAAAGCAAAAAUAUAUGUGUGGAGCCUGCUGUUGGUGAACAAAAGAAGCGUGGGCCUUCGAAGAAAAAAGUCAGCCCUGCGAAAGAUGAGAAAUGCGAGACCGAGAAACCUCGGUGCAAAAUACCUGGAUGUUUCUUGAUGGAUAUCGAAAACUUAAAACAAUACUCUGGAAAGAAUUUCAAGCAGAAGAAGGAUGAAUUGGUUCAGAAGUUGUACAACCUGUUCAACAGUUCUGUCUUUGAUAAAAAGCUGCCGGAGAAAAUAGACAUUGGCUGGAAUAAAAAGAUGCUGAGAACCGCUGGCUUAUGCAGCACUGGUGAGAGACAGUACCCGAAGAGAGAGCGCUACGCCAGGAUUGAGAUUGCUCUGAAAGUCUGCGACUCUGCAGACCGACUUCGGGAUACCUUGAUCCAUGAAAUAUGCCAUGCUGCCUCCUGGCUGCUCGAUGGUAUCCGCGAUUCUCAUGGUGACAUGUGGAAGUAUUAUGCUAAAAAAUCCAACAUGGUGCACCCAGAGCUGCCCAUGGUCACCCGUUGCCAUAACUAUAAGAUUAACUACAAGAUUCAGUAUGAAUGUACCCAAUGCAAAUCCAGGAUUGGCCGCUACACCAGGUCACUGAACACUGAUCGCUUUAUCUGUGCCAUAUGCCGGGGGCCUCUAGUCGUGCUGCCAUUAACUCGGAAAGAUGGCACCCCCAUCGCACCCCAUGUGAGACCAUUUGCCAGAUUUGUGCAGCUGAAUUACAGGAGAGUUAUGCGGCAGAUAGAGGGGAUUAACCAUGGGGAUGUGAUGAAACAGCUCAGCAAGGAUUAUGUUGUCUUUAAGCAAAGUCUGAAUCGUUAAGGUUAUCUGAGCAUAUACCUGUGUGAGCUAAAUGCUUUACUGCUAAGAAGUUUUAAGAAAUAAGUCUGUUUUUGUGAAGUUACAAAUACUAGCAUACUAGCGUUUAAAUACUUGUUAAGAUUCAUAUUAGUAAUAAUAAUUUUACCCAAGGGUUCCAUUAGUAGCCAUUUAUGCCCUUGGGAAUACUCUAAAGCCUUUUGGAUCCAGCUUGGGUCUUAACUUUGACUAUAGAUUUAACUUGUAGAACAAAAUGCAAGAGAAAAAUUGAGUUUUUGAGAGUGGCAAGUGGAGAAUUGAAGGAUAAAUGCUGGGAGGAGAACGAGUUUUAGAGGCAGCAUUUCAAAAUCAGGGCUGCUAUCAGAUAUGACCUGUUACGUCUAACUACAUGUAAAAGACAAAGAUGUUUUAUGAAAUUGAUGUGCUGAUACCGGAGUGAAGCUGUCUGAGCCAUGUAAUUG